UAGCACCUCGAGUUGGUUGUAGUGUAGCCGUCCAGACUAAGGUCUGAGGGAGAAGUCUAGGAAACCCUUAGUCAAUUAGCCCAGAGAACGAACUUGUUGGCUUGAUUUGAUAUCCCUUGGACUAUCAACCGAGAGGGCGAAGCUUCUUCGCUUGUUGCGCUCUCCUAUGGUUUACAACCACCUUUCUACACACUUGCAUUCUUGUUGACUAACCUUGAUAUAUGGCUAGGGGGAGCAACACCUGGGUGAAGCCUUCUCAAUUAGUAUUCAAAACCAUUUACCUAUUCGCUUGCUUUCAAUUGUAAUUCGUAGUUUUAACCAAAAAUCAAUUGCUAGAUAAUGUUUCAAACGAUUGAAGUAGGGGUACAUGGACCGGUCUGGGUUUGACAUUUAAAUACUUGCUCUAUAUUGCAUCCGACUAGAGUUUAUACUUGGGCUCUAUUCGGGAUUUUAAUCCGAGGUGUAGUAGUAGCACAAGUCAAAUUUUUGGCGCCGUUGCCGGGGACUUUCGGUCCAUUACUUUGAAAAGGCCGUUUGGUGUUAAUCUAGCUUUUACUUUUUGAAUUGUUGAUUGUGAAUCUGCUUCGUGUUGUGUUUCUUUGAAGUGUGUGUAGGAGGGUGUAUGACCCGGAUUAAUCCGGCACCUUUGGCGCCAUUAGACGAGAACCUCAACCGAACUCUCCGACUCUUGGCUCGGGAGAGGGAGUUGGCGGAACCAAGAGGAAGGAAAGCGGAUCGGGGACAAACACAAGUUGAACCGGUAGUUGAAUUUGAAAAUGAAGUUGAGGAGGAAGUUGAAUCGUAAGAGAAUUUGUAGCUGAGAUGGUAGAGAAUCAACAUGCCUAAGAGGAGAAUGAGGAAAUGAGAACCAUGGGUGACUAUAUGGCUCCACGGGCGGAGGAUAUUCAACCAAGCAUUUUGCAUGCACCCAUGGUUGCCAACAAUUUCGAGAUCAAAGCCCGACCUCGUCACAAUGAUCCAGAACAAUAUCCAUUUCCCUGGGCUUAAGGAUGAGUCUACAAGGGAGCAUGUCUAGAGAUUCCUGGAGAUAGCGGGAAGUUUUAAGAUCAAUGGGGUAUCCGAAGAGGAUCUAAAGUUGAGGCUUUUCCCUACUCUUUUGCGGCGAAGGCGCUCCGAUGGCUCAACAAUAGGCCACCCCUCUCGAUUACCUCAUGGGACGACUUGCUCAACAAGUUCAUGGCCUGAUAUCAUCCACCUUUCAAGACGGUAGAAUGGCAUAAGAAGAUCACUCACUUCGCCCAAGAGGAGGACGAGACGUUGAGGGAUGCAUGGGAGAGGUACUCUGACUAUUUCCUCCAAUGUCCCCAUCACGGGUUUGGAGAGCAGUUACAGAUCAAAACCUUCUAUGACCGUCUUCUUCGAGAGGAUAAGAUUCUCAUAGACUCUUUGUGUCAAGGAAACCUGAUGAACAAGAUUCCACCCGGGAUGACCGCUUUGCUUGAGGAUAUGGCGACAAAGGGGUAUGAUUGAGGUUUGACGAGAAGUGGAAUAAGGGAAGCCGAGAGAGGAGUACACUCCACAGAGGCAAAUCCUCCGCUCACCGCAAAGAUUGACCAGUUGAUAACGUCGCUUCUAGAAGAUGAGAAGCAAGGCAAGAAGCCGGUGAUUGGUGUUCGAUGACCAACCAUGAGAUUGUGGAGUGUCAAUUGAUGAAGGAAGCAAGCACUCCGGACGAGAAAGUAAGCUUCAUUGCUAAUGCUAGGGGGAUAAACAACAACAACAACCCCUAUACCAACACUUACAAUCCGGGUUGGCAAAACCAUCCCAACUUUGCAUGGUCUUCCCCGAGCAAUCCAAGACCCUCGAUUUCCAAGGACCAACGGGGAACUAUAAACCAAGGCCUCCUUUCGUCCAACCAAGGCCACAAUUCCAAGUCUCGAACUUACAACAACAAUUUCAACCACAAGGUGGUCAAGGGUUCCAACAACAACUCGACAAGUUUGCAAAACUAGAAGGCCUCAUCACCACCUUUGUGAGUACAAGUUCUCAGAAGUUUGAGGAGAUUGAGAAAUUUAUGGAGGUAGAAACAAACAAGCUUACUUCAAUUGAGGAAGCUCUAAGAAACCAUCAAGCAAGUCUUCAUAACUUGGAGACCCAAAUCGACAAUCUUGUUGGGAUCCUCAUCGAAAGACCGAAAGGAGCCCUACCUUCCCAAACUAUCGCCAACCCCAAGGAUCAAAAUGGCGGGUUGAAAAAUAUUUGCUUGAGGAGCGGGAAGGUAACUCCGGAAGUUGUUGCUAAGGAGAAAAUUGAAGAGAAGGAAUCCCCUCCAAAGAUCAACGAACAAGAACUCUCGGAUGGAGAGGGUGAAGAGGCUAAGAAGGCAUCGCCGACGCCACCACAAGUGGCUGAGUACAAGCCUCCUAUCCCCUUCCCUACAAGGGUGCACAAAGACCAUUUGGAGGUGGAAUGCGGCAAAUUCAUGGAGAUGCACAAGAAGCUCAACAUCACAAUGUCGUUCCUGGAAGCAAUGGAGUACAUGCCAAGCUAGGCCAAGUACCCCAAAGGGCUUCAUGCAGUGAAGUCAAAGUUUGAAGACAUCACCACUGUCACCUUGGGUGAGGAUUGCUUAGCCUUCAUCCAUAAAAAGUUUCCUAAAAAGCAACAAGAUCCAUGUAGCUUUACUAUCCCUCUUAGCACCAGAACAUGCCAUAUAGAAAAUUCCUUGAUGGAUUUAGGAGCAAGCAUCAAUGUAGUGCCAUAUAAGCUUUUCAAGACGUUAAACCUCGGUAAAUUGAAAACCACUAGGUUGAGUGUUAUAUUGACUGGACGAUCCGUGAUUAGUCCUAGAGGUAUUGUGGAGGAUGUUCUAGUUAUUAUCCGAAGGAUUUCAUUAUCCUUUACUUCAGUGAAGAUGCAUAUAUGCCUCUCAUAAUAGGAUGCCCCUUCCUUGCCACCUCCAAGGCCUUAAUUGAUGUUAAUGAGGGCACAUUGAUCUUGAGAGACAGAGAGGUGAAAAUACUUUUUCGAUUGACCCUAAGGGUAAGCAUGAUGAAGUUAAGGAAAUGGAAUCGAAUGAUAUGUUUGGAAGUGGAGGUGAGCCACUCAAGGUGAACCCCACUAGUGCUCUUGCUCCUUGUGAUUAUGUGAAAUAGGGACCUAAGGUGGGUACCAAACCCGAAGGAAAGAAAAGGAAAGCUUGGCGUGAGAAGAUGAGCCACUCUUUUACCCAAAAGAAGGAUAAGGGUAAAGCGAAGGUACGCGACCAAGAGGGGAUGGGAGUAGGUGCUAAGCCCUAUAAGGGUUAGCACCGUGAUAACUAGCAAAAAUCACUAUGGAUUAUUAUAAAAUCAAUACAACCUCUAAGCUAAAUCACUACUAAUUCAAACUAGUAGUAGUUUUUCCCUUGGUUAGGACGGUGCUAACUAUUGUACAAUUAGCACCGUAACCCCUCCCGACCAAGAGGGCCAUCCUUUGGAGUUCAAGAUGGGGGUGACAAGAGUAUCCACUCUCGGAGGCCUCAUGCUCUCAAGCAUGAAGAUCUGAAAUGUCAAGCUAGGGACAUUAAAUUAGCGCUUGUUGGGAGGCAACCCAACAUAGGUUUGUGUUACUUUUCCUUAUUUUCUGUUUCUGUGAUUGAGUGAUGAGUUUAAGUGGUUGAAUGGUGAUCACCGUGCCAGCGUUGUGUGUUUGAAAAUUUUGGAUGUUUAAUGAUUGAUUUAGGGACACGGUUAUUAGAUCGAGGCUUGAGAGUUUGGAAAAUGCCUUGUUUUUUUAUGCACUUCACGGUUUUAGCUCGGACCGUGAUAAUGUGGCUGAGACCGUGAUCUCGAGAGGCAUUUUCACUUACCCAAAACUUGCAGUUUUGUCACGAGUUCACAGUUGAUGAGUUGUUUUCACGGUCUUAGUGACCAUGAAAAUCGACCCCCGUCCGUGAACCUCGGGAUCGUGCUAUAAAAGAGGGACUAUGAUCCCUCAUUCUUCACAAACGUUUUCUCGCCGGAAGUCUAAGAAUCUCGCCAGAAAAUUGCGAUUUCAAUCCAUUUUCCCUCGAGUUCGUCGAGUUCUGGCCUUCCAUUUUCAAAACCAAAACUAGAUCCACAUUCCUCGAGACCGACCGCCUCUUCGUCGAAGUUUUGGAGUGAUUUGGCGCAACUUUUUUUUUACAGCGAGACGAUUUCAGGUGAGCUAGUUGAGAGCUUCAGGAAAAUCUACCGUGAGCCUCUCUAGCCUGUUUUUUUGGCUAUUUUUCGAUUCCUCGCCAUCUCCUCAACUUUCCCUUCGAUCCUACUUGAGUCUCCAGGUGUGUUUUAAACUUUUGCCUUGUUAAUUAUGGAGAAUCAACUUAGGAUGCCUAGGUGAGGAGAUUUCGUGCAUUUAUCCAUGCAUGUUGAAAUUAGGCGGGGGGUUAGUUGAUUGAUGAAGAUUGAAUGAUGCAUCAAGUGGUUGUGGAGUUGAUUGAGCCUUGGUGGGAAAGAUUUGAUAUGAUUUUUGUUUGGAUUGGAAAAUUCCCACCAAGUGCAAUGUGUGAAUGAAUGUUUGGUCUACUUUUGUGCAUGAUGGUUGGUAGCUAUCGAGGCAUGGUUCGGGUUCGAAAUUGUGAUAACACCUAAAUUGGUGUUAUUUAUCCUUCAUGUAUAGGUUUAUUUUGUUGUAAUGCAUGCACAUAAUCAUUUAAUAGCGUUGAUUGCAACCCUAUUUCGUUCCUAUUUGAUUACGAUGUGAUUUUAGGAUGCUUUAGAUAAUACAUGCGAAUUAGGUACGAAAAAAGAACAAGUGUAGAAAAAGGGGGCAAAAUGGUGAUGAUUGUGGCCUAGAAAUGGAAAUCACUACUGAGAAAAAAGGCAACGAACUCAAGGCAAAGAUCACGACCUUGAACCCUACGAUCGCGGUUGCGAUCUCUGAGGCUGAGGGCGCGAACUUCGUGAAGAAGCCAGCAAGGAGAAACAAAGAGUUUCCCUAGUCCGACCACAACCACAAUUUACAUUGACCGCGAGGAAGUUCGUGGCCGGGCUUCAGGGAUCGUGACCGCAAUCUUUAUACUGCCUGGCCGCGAUCUUCUCUGUUCUUUGAAGAAUAUAAAUAGAAGACCCCUUCCGCCAUUCAGGAGAGCUGAUUUUGAGAUAGAAUUUCUUGUUAGAGAGAGAAAGAAGAGAGAGAAUCUGAAUGAAUAAGAAGAAAAGAAGAAGGAGGAGGAGCUAAAAGGGAGGAGCCAUAUUCCUCACAUCAAUCACAUCAAGUCUUCCCCAAUUUAUUUUAUGUAUCUUCUUUCCUCCUUUAUGGAGUAGUCCUCUAAGGUACUAGGAGUUCUAAAUCCCAAACCUUAGUUCUAGGGUUAAUAUGUAAUGAAUGGAUAUUUUAGGG